AUGUCCUUGUGGCAGACUAUGGGCCAGUUGUGCCCUCCAACCCCAAUAUUCAAUGAAAAGAACUGUCCGGACCAAACCGGAAAGGGCGGAUAUUCCGGAGUCGGCCUUGAGUUGGUCAAGAUUCUGUAUCAAAAGAACGCGACUAUCUACGUCGCUGGCCGGUCCGAGUCUAAGGCAAAAGCGGCAAUUGAUGACAUUUUAUCACGAUUUCAAACAUUAACUGGAAAACCGAUCUUCCUCUUCGUCGACCUCAACGACUUGACAACAGUAAAGCCCGCUGUGGAAGAAUUCCUCAGUUCUGAAAACAGAUUAGACGUGCUCUGGAACAAUGCCGGCGUCAUGUUCCAGCCAGUCGGGUCAACCACCAUGCAGGGGUUUGAAAUGCAGCUCGGAUCCAACACAGUAGCACCAAUUUUACUCACCAAGCUUUUGCAUCCAGUUCUCGAUCGAACGGCUGCUUCGGCGCCUCCUGAUUUGGUUCGAGUGUGCUGGGAUCACUCUAUGCGGAACUGA